CCGGAAGCGACCCCGGCGUCGGGGCGCGGGCGAGGUGAGGCGGCCAGCUCAGCUGCUGGGGACAUGGCGGGUACGGCGCUCAAGAGGCUGAUGGCCGAGUACAAGCAAUUAACCCUGAAUCCUCCAGAAGGAAUUGUGGCAGGUCCCAUGAAUGAAGAGAAUUUUUUUGAAUGGGAGGCGUUGAUCAUGGGCCCCGAAGAUACCUGUUUUGAGUUUGGUGUUUUUCCUGCCAUCUUGAGUUUCCCACUUGACUACCCACUGAGUCCUCCCAAGAUGAGGUUCACCUGCGAGAUGUUCCAUCCCAACAUCUACCCAGAUGGCAGAGUCUGUAUCUCCAUCCUUCACGCGCCAGGCGAUGACCCCAUGGGCUACGAGAGCAGUGCUGAGAGGUGGAGCCCCGUGCAGAGUGUGGAAAAGAUCCUGUUGUCAGUGGUGAGCAUGCUGGCAGAGCCCAACGAUGAAAGUGGAGCUAAUGUGGAUGCUUCCAAGAUGUGGCGGGACGACCGGGAGCAGUUUUACAGGAUUGCCAGGCAGAUCGUGCAGAAGUCUCUGGGGCUCUGAGGCUGUGCUUUUGCGGAUGGCAGGACAGCAGGACGGCACAGCGUAGUUCCAGUGCUGCCCUCAGGACACUCAGUGACAGUGCUGCCACCAAAACAGGCAAGCUUGCAGAACCACAGCACUUCUUGUUUCUUAACCUUUCCACCCCAAACAGGCUGCUCUUCUGGAGCAUGACCUGCAUAGUGUAAGGACAGCUUUGCGUUUUCCAAGUGCUCCUCCCCAUGGGGGGUUCAGGAAGGGCACCAGGCUGUCGUACCUCCCAGCCGCCCUCAGUCUACAUUCYCUCCCGCACCUGCCCCGGCACUGAGGGUCCGGGCAGAUCACCUGCCUUGUGCAAAGGCAUGGGGCCUGUGGCAACCGUGGGGAAGGGGCUGGCACACUUUGUACCCCACCCCCAGUUCCACAUGCCUUGUGAGGCGUCCAUGACGUCUCAUCUGUGUUCUACAAGCAGAGGUUGUAACAGCCUAGGUAGAGCCUCUUCAUUUGUUGUGCAUUACAAUCACACUUAGAAAGAUUUCUGGGGAUGCUUUGCAAACAGUCAGUGAGAAAUGGGGACACAGAACAGAAGAUUAUUGCUGGCCAUGAAGACCAGAGGCUUUCCUGCUUGCAGUUUUAGGAGACUAGCAUUCUGUCGCCAUUGCUUAUGCACUGCCAGAGCAGGCAAGGGGAGGUCUUCGAAGUUUUACUGACGUUUUCUCCUGAGUCCUGCAGGAGUUUUUCUUUUCUAGACUAAAAGCUGGGUCACUCCAGGGCUCUGCACCAUGGUGUGGUUGUGCCAGGACUAUUCUUUGCCCUUGAGGUCAGAUGGGACUCUACUAUUAGUUGGCACAGAGUGCAGAGGUGUGCCUUUCCCCCGAAAAAUGGACCUGGGCUGCAGCUCCAGCCCCAGGUGGAGGGAGCACAGCUUGGCAGUCUGUGACUUUGAUGCUGCCUAGGUGUCUCUGACAGCAGAGAGCUGAGCAGCACAGUACCUGGAGGGGACACCACAAGCAAUAACACACAGAUCUGUUGUGUGGGGACGCCGGUGUCUGGCCUGCUCCAAACAGGUUGCGUUUCCCCAGGAGUCUGUUUUUUAAAGUAGGAGAUGGCCGGUGUGACAUGCAACAGAUCUCCCUUCACACUAGCCUCUUUACUUCCCUUCGCGAGUGUGCCCGUCUCUCACCAAAACUCACUUUUCAUGGUGUUAACAAUUCCCAGUGCAGCGCCUCCUUGUUGAGCUUCUGUGGAGGCCAGUUUUGUUCCUUCUCAGAAACGUUUAAUGAUUAAACAUUAAAUGUCUGAAAUUCUGUAGGAGGACUUGAGUUYGGAAGGGUGGAGGCAGGGUGCUGCAUAGUGUUUGCAGGCAUGAGCAAGAUGCAGCUCCUGGAGUAGGAAGUGGUGGCCUUGUGGGAGGCUGCUGGCCUGCUUCAAGACCACGGGGACACAGUCACCUGUAGGUGUCCAUGGGAGGUGGGGAGGAGUGGCAGUCUCUUUACAAAACAUAGUAUUUUUAUUAAUUUGUAUUUAUUGAAUGAAAAAA